GCGCAUGCGCGGGGGCGGCCCCACCGCCGCCAUCUUGCAGUGGGCAGCAUCCCGCCGGUAGCGGGGCGCGGCCCGGCCGGCCCGGCCAUGGAGCCGAGCGGGGGGCGGAAGGAGCUGAAGCAGCGGCAGCGGGCGGAGAUCUACGCGCUGAACCGCGUGAUGACGGAGCUGGAGCAGCGGCAGUUCGACGCGUUCUGCAAACAGAUGCAGCACGGCGCGGAGUGAGCAGCGUCCCGGGCACAGCCGGACCGACAGCACCGAGCGGCCCGGCCGCACCGCCCGGCCCUUCCCCGGCUCAGUAUUAAUGGCCCGGCCCUGCGGAGCGCCUCGUUGUUGUUGUUGGUUUUGAUUUUUUUCUGCCUUUUUUUUUCUUUUUAACCUUUUUUUUUCUAAAUAAAGCAGUGCUCGUUUCACCCUCCUCCACCUCCUGCUCGCCCUCAGACCUUCCUCUGGAGCAGCCCCGGAGCUGCAGCUCUGCCCGACCCCUCCGGGAUCGCGGGGCUCUGUGCCAGAGCAGCUGCAGGCGGUGGCUGCCAGCUGCACCGAGCCAAUAGCCCCGAGCCAACAGCACUGAUCCAGCAGCACGGAGCCUCCCGCACCACGCAGCCCCUCCCGUUGCCAGCAGUACAGCUCCCUGGGGUUCUUGCCCCGCGAUGGGGUCGUUGUGUCCGUCUGCAGCUGCUGGCGCUGCAGGAUCUCCCUGGAGGUUGGAGCGAUGGAUCUGCUCCGCUUCCUCUGCUGCUCGCUGAGGUCUGACCUUCGUUUCCUCCCCCCACCCACAGCUCCCAGUGCGGGCAGUGCAGUUGUUCUCCAGCUCUUUUAUUUCCAGAGAGUUCGGCCCCAGGGUUUCAGGUUCCAUUUUUCCCUUCCACGUCCCUCUCUCCCUCCCAAACCUCAGCGACCGGGCGCAGAAAGGAAAAAGAAAAAGAACACGCUUCAGAUAUUAUUUCACUAUGGUGGCACUUCAGGAGUAAAUACCGGAGCAUUCCCCGUGCCUCAGGGCUGGGCUCUGCAAGGAAAUGGGGCACCCUCGGGUGUGAUGGAUGACCGUCUCCCAUCCCGCCGUGGGGCACUUGCUGCAGGGGCUGCUUCCUCCUCAUGGCGAGGAUUUGGGGGACAUAAAGCCGCUGCAAUUGUGCCCUCAAUAAAUUACUAUGUACAGUG